GUUCAGAGUGUGCUCUUCCGACCUGGCUGUCUGUCAGAUUUGUUUGGAUUUUCUAACCUGAACCUCUGAACUAACAGCCGAAUAUUUACUAUCUGGAACAAUCGCUACCAAACCCUGUGAGAAAAGCCAUCGUUUCACCAGCCGGAAGACGAGAAGCAGAUAUGCUGAGCGGGUUUAAUCCGCGGUUGCCUUGUGGAGCUAGCUUAGCGUGCUAACGUUAGCCGAAGAAACCUAAUGUUGUAAGUGGUAAUUUACACCACAAUCUUUUUAGUUUGUCUUUUUUUUUUUGUCGUCAUGUCUGGUGUGGAGUGGGUUGAGGCGACAGAGGAGGUGGUUGUAACGGAGGAUCGUCUUCCUCCUGAAAGAAUCGCCCACACAGUGAUUCACGUUUUGGAGGCAGAAACAACACCAAUCCAGAAGCUGCUGGACUCUGUAGGGCAGGGAGAAGCGCCACAGUUUUGUUGUGAGGAGUGUGUGAGUCUCUUCCAGGACCAGAAUGAUUCUGAAAACAUCAGCGGCCCGUCUUUUGUUCUCGACUUUCCAACCAGCCUGGGCGUCCCACAAAGAGCCCUGCUGACGUUACCCUACGGCCUCAUGAUCGGCAGGUCCAGCAUUCCCGACGCCGGCGUCGGAGUCAUCAAUCACGGACCAGUCGUGUCUCCUGGAAUGCAUUUUGGACCAUUCGAGGGUGAAGUAACAACCAGGGAAAAUGCCAGUGAGUUCUCCUGGGAGAUUUACAAAGACAAAGAUCAAUAUGAAUAUAUAGAUGCAGCCAAAGAGUCACAGUCAAACUGGAUGCGGUACAUCAACUGUGCUCGUAGUAAAGCCGAGAGCAACCUGUUGGCGGUGCAGUACAAAGGCAGCAUCCUGUUCCACUGCUGUCGCAGCAUCAGUCCUGGAGACGAGCUCAUGGUUUGGCCCAGCGGCAAACUGCUGUCGCAGUGCAGCGAGGCGUGGAGUCAGCGGUGGAUCAAUGCAGCAGACAGCGGCAUGUCUGUGGCGCCUGCGAUGUUCCCGUGCGCCGACUGCCAGCUCACCUUCACCACCGAGGCUUUUCUCCAGAAACACACAGAAGCCUCUCACACGCAGCCCGAAGCGGCCGACGGCCAGAACACUCCCGUGGACGUCGCGGACCAGCCCGCGACGUCUCAGCCUCCGGCCGUGGCGUCCGUCGCUUCAGAUGAGUCCAAAACCUGCGGAGACUGCGGGAAGGUCUUCAAGAAGAUCCCUCACCUGAGGAGGCACAGGCUCUGCGUGCAUUCCAACAAGCGUCCCUACUGCUGCCCGCACUGCAGGCGGGGCUUCAGCCAGGCGUCCGGCCUCAUCCGGCACCAGCUGGUUCACCGGAAGCACGUCCUGAUCAAAGAGUAUAUCCCCAGCAAGGCGCCAAGUGAAGCAUCCAGCGUCACAAGAUUUUCUGAACCCUCGAAAGCUAAAGAGCCGGAGAAAGCCGCGAUCGCCGAAGGCUCCCAAGGCGCAGAAGCGGCGCCGACCAACUGCGUAGACUGCGGGAAGACCUUCUCAAACGAAGCCUCCCUCAAAAAGCACAGGAUGUUCGUCCAUGAGAACCUGCGGCCGUACGUCUGCACGGUGUGCCAGAAGUGCUUCGGUCAGUGCCACGAUCUCACCAGGCACCUGUCCAGCCACGAGAAGCAGAAGAAAAAUGCAGAACCUGUAAGCCAGGAGAACAACAACUCAGUCACGUUAGCCUUCACCUGCGCCCAGUGUCCGCAGACGUUUCCCUCCGUGGACGUCCUUCAGCAGCACAUGAAGGUCGAUCACGGACUGGACUCCGCCUUGGCGGAAAAUCAGGAUUCCAACCCGAUAAUCGUGGUGGAAAUCGUCCAGAAUGUUCCCUCCCAGAGGCCCCAGCGGUCCGGGGCCGGAUCCAAACUCUCGGCCAUAACCAAGCUCCUGUCGCCCAAACGAAGGGCGUCCAGUUCCGGUCAGAGCGGGAAGGGCGCCGCCGAACCAGAAGCAGCCGCGGACGCCAACGGCAACUCCGCCAAUUCCAAGUGGUUCUGCUGCACCCGCUGCAAGCAGACGUACAGAAACGCCGCCGACCUUCAGGAACACCGGUGCUCUGCCAAAGUCCACAGGUGCGGGCAGUGCGGCGCCUCCUUCAGCAAGGCGGGCUUCCUGAAGCGACACGAGGUCCUGGUGCACGAGAACGCCAAGUCGCACAGCUGCGAGCACUGCGGGAAGUUCUUCGCCACCUACGGCAACCUGAAGCAGCACCAGAAGCUCAACACCUGCAAGAAGUACCACUGCUCGUCCGACGUGUUCCCCUGCUCCUACUGCCAGUUCUCCUUCACCGCCAAGAGCUACCUGCUGAAGCACGUCAAGCGGCACCACCCGGUGGAGUACCUGACCCUCUGCGACUCCGACCCCGACCCCUUCGGCCCCGAGCCCGUGGAGGAGGUGGUGGAGGAGGAGGUGGAGGUGGAGGAGGAGGAGGAGGGGGAGGGCGCGGAUAAAGAGCACGUCUGCCAGCAGUGCGAGAAGCGCUGCGCCAACGCCAAGGCCUUGAAGUCCCACAAGUGUCCGACGCAGGUCAAGCUGCUGUACCUGUGCACCGACUGCGGGAAGGGCUUCAGCAACCAGUACGGCCUGAAGCAGCACCAGCGCAUCCACACGGGCGAGAAGCCCUACAGCUGCCAGCACUGCGCCAAGAGCUUCUCCUACGUGGGCCAGCUCAACGUGCACCUGCGCACGCACACCGGCGAGAAGCCCUACCUGUGCACGCACUGCGGCGAGAGCUUCCGGCAGUCCGGCGACCUGAAGCGCCACGAGCGGAAGCAUACCGGCGUGCGGCCGUACAGCUGCCAAGAGUGCGGCAAGAGCUUCAGCCGGCCGCAGAGCCUGAAGGCGCACCAGAUGCUGCACCGCGGCCAGCGCAUGUUCAAGUGCACGCAGUGCGGCAAGAGCUUCUCCAGGAACUACCACCUCCGGCGGCACCACCAGAAGAUGCACUCCUAGAGCGCGUCCGGGAGAGAAGGUCUGUGGAAGCAUAUUGCAUUCACAUCGAAAAGAAAAAAACUCUUCCAACAAGAGAUUAUGUAUUAACAAGAACUCUGAACUUCACACUCGGAGUCACGAGGAAUCAGAAACACUCAAACUGAAGCAGAUCAGUUUUUGCUACUGCUUUUUUUUUUUUCCUUUCUUCUAAUUUUCAGUGUAAACACAAAAAUAUCUGCUUAAUUCAAAAAUGCAUAGCUUAUUAUUUCUGUUUUGACAUGUUUUUCUCCACUCAAUGAAUCGUCCUUUUGUAUUUGAAUCGCAUGAAGAAAGAAAAUCUUUCGGUAAGAAGUUAAAACUGUUUUUGUCACAAAACACCAUUAUUUCACAAGUUACCUGCUCUAAUCCGUUAUUUUGAAUAAAUGAGGUCAACCUGAACAGAAUCACCAACUGUCUAAUUUUUUAGCU